AUGGUGAAAUGUCUGAGAAAGAAGGGCCUCUGUCCAAGAAAAAUCUUCACAGAUCCCUGCUCAAGAAUGCAACCUCCUAGUCCCUACACCAGCUUGGAGACUCAGGAUGGCUAUUUUUCCCACCGACCGAAAGAGAAAAUGCGAACAGACAGCAAUAAUGAAAAUUCAGUCCCCAAGGACUUUGAAAACAUUGAUAACAGUAACUUUGCUCCCAGGACUCAGAGGCAAAAACACCAGACUGAGCUGGUGAAAAAACCCCUUAGCAAGCAAAAGGAGCACUUGAGAAAGAAACUGGAAGAGGAAAAGGUGAAAGAGAACUCACUAUUGGGGAAGAACUCGAAUGAAGUGGUGCAAUUUGGUAACCAUCCUGGAAAAAACAGUAGCAACAACAAUCUGAAGGACAUUCACAGGUCUCCCAGACAGCAUCAUUUCAAAAAAAAUGGGAACAGCUCCCCUGAACUGAGAUAUGACCAAUCUCUGAGGUGCGAGAUAACAGGCAAAGAGGCAAUCUCAGCCAUGUCCCGGGCUAAGUCCAAGCAGUGUCGACAGGAGAUUGCAGAGAUAUAUUGUCAGCACAAGCACGGGAAGCUGAUGCCGGAGAAGGUGACACGUUUCUGUGCGUUGGAGGGAAAAGCCAACAACAACGUGCAGUGGGACGAGGAUUCUGUGGAAUACAUGCCAGCCAACCCCGUCAGGAUCGCGUUUGUCUUGGUGGUCCAUGGCAGAGCUUCUCGGCAGCUCCAACGCAUGUUUAAGGCUAUUUACCAUAAAGACCAUUUUUAUUACAUUCACGUUGACAAGCGAUCCAAUUACUUACACCGGCAAGUGCUCCAGUUUGCCAACCAGUACCCAAACGUAAGAGUGACUUCUUGGAGAAUGGCAACUAUCUGGGGAGGAGCAAGUCUGCUGUCCACCUACCUGCAGAGCAUGAGGGACUUGAUGGAGAUGAAUGACUGGCCAUGGGACUUCUUCAUUAACCUCAGCGCUGCUGACUACCCCAUCAGGACGAAUGACCAGCUAGUAGCAUUCCUGUCCAGGUACCGUGAUAUGAACUUCUUGAAGUCCCACGGGAGGGACAAUGCAAGAUUUAUUAGAAAACAAGGGCUGGAUCGGCUUUUCCUGGAAUGUGAUACACACAUGUGGCGUCUGGGGGACCGGCAGAUCCCCGAAGGAAUCGCGGUCGAUGGGGGAUCCGACUGGUUCCUCCUGAACAGGAAGUUUGUGGAGUACAUCACUUUUUCCAAUGACGACUUGGUAACAAAGAUGAAGAGGAGCAGCUCAGCCUUGAGGGCGCAUGGGGCAGGGCCGCUGCUGGCGGUGACUGGGCCAGCUCCUGCGUGCUCACGCGGCGUCGCAGCUGUAGGAGCUCCGGCUCCCUCCGGAGCGGGGCAGUCGGAGCGGGCCGGCCGGGCCCUGGGAGGCCGUGGCGAGUCUUUCUUUCACACGGUCCUGGAAAACAGCCCAUACUGUGACUCCAUGGUGGACAACAAUUUGCGUAUCACGAACUGGAACCGUAAACUCGGUUGCAAAUGUCAGUACAAACACAUUGUAGACUGGUGUGGCUGCUCGCCCAAUGAUUUCAAACCUGCAGACUUCCACAGGUUCCAGCAGACUGCCAGGCCAACGUUCUUUGCCCGCAAGUUUGAAGCUGUGGUGAACCAAGAGAUAAUUGGCCAGCUGGACUAUUACUUGUAUGGCAACUACCCGUCCGGCACGCCGGGCCUCAGGUCGUACUGGGAGAACGUGUACGACGAGCCCGACGGCAUCCACACGCUCAGCGACGUGGCGCUCACCAUGUACCACUCCUUCGCGCGCCUGGGCCUGAGGAGAGCCGAGACCUCCUUUCACACCGCCGGAGACAACAGCUGCCGAUACUAUCCCAUGGGCCAUCCCAUUUCAGUCCACCUUUACUUCCUUGCUGACCGCUUCCAAGGCUUCCUAAUCAGAUACCAUGCGACCAACCUGGCUGUCAGUAAGCUGGAAACUUUGGAAACGUGGGUGAUGCCAAAGAAGGUCUUCAAGAUUGCAAGUCCACCGAGUGAUUUUGGAAGGCUGCAGUUCUCCGAGAUCGGCACCGAGUGGGACGCCAAGGAGAGGCUUUUCCGGAACUUCGGAGGACUUCUGGGGCCGAUGGACGAGCCGGUGGGAAUGCAGAAGUGGGGGAAAGGCCCCAACGUCACCGUCACUGUCAUUUGGGUCGAUCCCAUCAACAUAAUUGCCGCAACGUACGAUAUCCUGAUUGAAUCCAGCGCAGAAUUUACUCACUACAAACCACCUUUGAAUUUGCCCCUCCGACCUGGUGUCUGGACAAUCAAAAUUUUGCACCACUGGGUACAAGUAGCUGAAACCAAAUUCCUCGUUACUCCUCUCACCUUUGUUAAUCGGCAGCCUAUCAAGCAAGAGGAAGCCUUGAAGUAUCACAACGGGCCUCCAAGAAACGCAUACAUGGAGCAGAGCUUCCAGGGCUUGAACCCCGUCCUAAAUAUCCCCAUCGGCGCCGCCCAGCUGGACCAGGCCCGGAGGAACGCGGCGCUCGUGGGCUCCAAGCUGGAGAGCUGGGUGGACUCGCUGGUGGGCAGCGCGUGGUCGGCCGUGGACAUCUGCAGCAGCGGGGCCACCUCGUGCCCCGUGAUGCAGGCGUGCGCGCAGACGGCGUGGAGCUCGCUCAGCCCCGACCCCAAGUCCGAGCUGGGCCCCGUGAAGCCCGACGGGCGCCUCAGGUAGCAGCUGGUGCGCGCGCUUUCCGGCAUAGGUUUUAAAAGGGAAUUUAACCUUGCUCACACGUGAGGCUCACGGCAGAUUGCAGAAGCCUAAGGAAACGUUAUACCUUGUUGUUACCGGUCGCAAUGUAACUCCU